CGUUGUUCCAACUCAGACGUUAACGUCCGUCUGCUUGAAAUCGUGGAGUAAAUUUCUCAGAAACCCUAAUUCAACCUUCUCUCCGAAUCGGGAGUGCAGUAAAGUUAUCAGAGAUCCUUGAAUUAUGAGGGUAAUCGACAGUAGUAGCUGAAACUGUAAUUGAGGUAGUCCCAAUUGGGUUUUGGCAGUGUUAUAGGAUUAUCUGACAUUCCGCUCCACCCUCAGUCCCCCCCAGUGAAUCGUGGAGAACGAAAUCAGGGGAAACCAUGCAACGGGAAGGUAGUAGCAAACAUGUUUUUCAGGCAAUGUUCAAGGACGAUAGUUUGACUUGUGGUGGGCAAGUGAAAGCUAAAGGAGAAGUUCUGAAGGAGUUUUUUAAGGCGAGAUCUAAGCCACCGAACACAAAUUGUCGGGUGGAGAGUUUUGCUAGGAUUUGUCAAACCUUUGACUCACGUAGGAGGCGUUGGGUAGCUGAAAUGGGAUUUGGAGGGCUGCUGUAUUUGUCCGGUGACAUGCAUCUUCCCAGGCAGCUUGGGUACUGGCUAAUGACCCGAAUCGAUCCGAUCAGUAAGAUGGUAAUAACACCAGACGGAAGGUGCUUAAGGCUGUCUAAAAAUCAAGUCAAUUGGGUUCUUGGCAUCCCUAAUGGGCCAAAGGUACUUCCAUCUUGCAAAACAUUAAACAGACUACAGCGUGAAAAGGUUAGAAAAAUACUAGGACAAUAUGGCACAACUCGAAAGAGCCAUUCUCAGAAUGGACAAUCUACGGUUUACAAUAUUGUAGGAAUUAGGGUGUACCCUAAGUUGCUGGAGAGGCUUGAGAGUAUCUAGGAAGAGAACCAGGAGGAGGAAUUUAAGACACUGUUCUUGUUGAUUGCAUUGGAAAUGUUGUUGUGUCCUACUCUGUCACCUACAUUGGCUCCUGAUUUGGUACCUGCUCUGUCAUGUGCUAUGGUAGCCGCUGAAUAUGAUUGGUGCACUCUGGUGCUAUCUAAGUUGCUUUCUAGUGUCCGGUCCUUUGCUCGAAGAUUUUAUUCUUGCGGGAAUGCUGGUGGAUGUGGAGGCUGCAUUUUGUUUGCUGUGAUUUUUUACUUGGACCGGCUUGAUAGGGAGGCUGUUCAAUGGGGUGUUUUCCCUAGGUUGAAGGUGUGGACCAUGAAAGAGAUAACAAUUGCUAGCAAGGAGGACAGAUCACCAAAUGGAGGUGAUUAUGGAUGUUUAGGGACUCUGGAUGUUGCGUAUGGGGAGGUUCACCCAAGGCAAGCUAGAGAUACAAAUGGACCGGGUGUUGUAAGUAAUGUCGUUAUCGAAGAUGAUAUUGAUUGCACAUCUGGUCCUAAACGACGUAGAGGGGCGUCAUCGUCUAAGUUGCCUCGCCAAGGGAUUGAAUUUACAGACGUAAUAGAGAGUCGAAGUGGUGUUACAGUAGUUUCUGAAGGAGUGAAACCAACAGAAGGCAAAAUAGAAGUUGGGUUUGUUGAUUUGCCGUUUGUUGGUAAUGUAGAUAACUGUAGAAGGUUUCUAUCUGUCGGAUCCCUGUCCCUGCUAAGAAAUAUGAUUUCAUUGUUACUCAGAGGGUCUAACUGGUUCUUCAUUCGAGAUUGGCCACAUUUGUUAUCUCGUGCAUUUCUUGAGGUAAAAUCCUUUGAUGCGGCAUCAGAUUACAAUAUUGUUAUGCUCCCUUCACUGUCGGCAUUCAUUGGCAACCCUAGAUGUCCAGUGUUAGUGGUUGUGUCAAAGGUUCAUCUCUCGGACAGAAGGUCCUCAAGCUGUGCUCCUGUUAUGCACCGGAUUUGUAUUGCGCUAAAGACUAUUGCGGGGUCUGAGAUGAUGUUGCUAUCUGCUGAUUCAAUAACAAAGGACAUUAACUUGGUUUAACAAUCAAUUACCUUUAGGACAAUAAUUAUAAGUCCAUAAAUAUGGCCAGAUAGAAUCCCGUAGGAACACAAAUAUGGCCCAACAAACAUAUGGCCUAAUAUUCAGAUGGGGCAAAAGAUGUUAUGGGCCUUUUCGAAUACUUUUCAGUUAAUCCAAAGCUCCUUAAUAUUUUGAGUUAUAGAAUCCAGAAUAAUUUAUAGGGCUAUAAGGCCCAUGCACUUCGAUUACAACCUCGACCUUACAUCAUAUUGCAAAAUACAAAGGCGUUUUCAUUCUCAUCUACACAUUAAGGUUGCUACAGGACAUCAAGUAGUAAACUUUUACAUUCAACUUUGACAAAAGAUGACCUGCACUUAAAUAUAAAAGUAUGUAGUGCUUUUGAUAUCAAUUCAAAGAUCGCCACAUCUUUGAGUUGUUAAAGCUAUCAAUUAACUCCAGACUGUUUUCCUUCCUGAAAACCACAAUAGCAUAAGGAAAUAUUCCAUGGCUAAUCACACGGGCCAUGUGUAUUGAAACUCUUGUUUCGGUUAAGACAACCACGUCUGUCAUAUUUAAUUCCACCAUGGUAUGGAAUUCUUGCACAAAUGUAUUUUUGGCCAUGCUUUUGCAGUUCCACACCACCCACUUAUUGCGGCCUUGUAUCGAUCCUGCUUUAACAUCAGCAUUGCUCUCUACACUCAAAUUAAUUUUGAUUUUUUUUUUCCGUCUAAUAUCUCACUAUUGUGUAAAAUUGAAGAAAUAGACAUUUGUUUAAUCUUACAACAUUUGGGUGUUAAAAAUAAGUGGUUGUAGUCAUUGUAACUGUUGAAGUGAAUGGAAUUAGUUCCCUUUGUAAGAAUGUGCGUCUGAAUUGUUGGGGUAGCAGAAGCAGCGAGUAAACUGGUAAUGCUUUCUGGGAUGAUUUUUUCACAUCCAAUACCACCCUCACCCCCAUGGUUCGCAACUUUUAAAGUUGCAGGUAAAAGAGCAAGAUCUGACAACUCUGGUAAAUAUCCCGGAUUCACUUGGUUAUUAUGGUGAAUAACCACAAUAUCACCCCCAAAUUGACCACCUUGGGAGACAGUGGUCGCAGCUGAUUUUGCAUCUACAAGCUUGAUUGGAACUUCCCCCUUACUGUUUAAAACACAACUUUUUACCAUUGUAAGGAGACCUUUAGGUUGGGUUGAACUUGUGGCGCUGAACCUCUUCCUCUUCAUUUUUGGUUGGAUAUAUUUUAGGGGUUUAAUGAUGGUAGCUGGUAUAAGUAUUUCUUUUGUUUUUUUUUUUUUUUUUUUUUUUUUAAGUUUUUCGUUGGGAGUCAUGGUGUUUUUAGUAGAGUUGAUUAGGUGCUGUUAGUUCCAGGUGUUGUUGCCCACCUUUUGUAGCUAACUAUGCAAUAAAUAAUCCGCCAAAAUGCCAAAUGUUGGCGGGAAAAUUUGGAGCCAUUUUCUAGCAACAAAAAAUAUUUUAAGUAGUUCACUUUUAAAUUUUUGAACUGGACGAGGAGGAAGAACUAACAGACGAGUACCUACUUUU